CUACCCACGCCAUUUGGACUCUAAAAGAGACCUGUACCAACCCCCCACAAACUCUCCUUAAAUUCCCUCCCUUUCCCUCCUCUUCUUCUCAGGAGCCUCUGUACUCUUCUUUUUGCACAUCCCCCUCCUAAUCCCACGCCAAGAAUCAUGGCCUUGAUCUCUGCGUUCUCUCCUCUCAUCCAUCCUCAGCUCCGCCCCAUGGUCUCCAAAAUGACCUUCUUCGACGCGCUUCUCUUCCUCGUGAUCCAUGUGGUGGACAAGCUAAGGUUAUGGCACCGAAUGCCGGUGUACAUGGGGCUUGCCUACUUGGGGAUGAGAAGGCACUUGCACCAGAGAUAUAAUCUGAUACACGUUGGGGGCGUUGACGGCAAGAAGUAUGACACUCAAGCGUUCAACUACCGGACGGCGGACGGGAGGUGCAACCACCCGAGUGACGAUGCCGUGGGGAGCCGAGGAACAUUUUUUGGACGCAGCAUGCCUCCCUCCACUUCCACUUACGGGUUGAUGGAUCCACAUCCAUCUGUGGUUGCAUCCAAGCUUUUGGCAAGAGAAGAGUUCAUUGACAGUGGGAAACAACUCAACAUGAUAGCAUGCUCAUGGGUGCAGUUCAUGAUUCAUGACUGGGUUGAUCACAUGGAGGAAACUGAACAGCAGGUAGAAAUUAAAGCACCUGAUGAAGUUGCAGAGGAGUGUCCAUUGAAGUCAUUCAGAUUUUACAAGACCAAGGAAGUGUCAACUGGGUCAUCUCCUUUGAAGAAUGGCACUCUGAACAUAAGGACCCCAUGGUGGGAUGGAAGCGUGAUAUAUGGAAACGACGAUAACGGCGAGAGAAGAGUGAGGACCUUCAAAGAUGGGAAGCUAAAGAUUUCCGGAGAUGGCCUCCUUGAACACGACGAGAAAGGGAUUCCUAUUUCCGGCGACGUCAGGAAUAGCUGGGCUGGCUUUUCACUCCUCCAGGCCUUAUUCGUCAAAGAACACAACACUGUCUGCGAUAUGCUUAAAGAACAUUAUCCGGAUCUUGAUGACGAGAAGCUCUAUCGCCACGCUAGACUAGUAACUUCAGCUGUAAUUGCCAAAAUCCACACCAUUGACUGGACAGUGGAGCUCCUGAAGACCGACACCCUUCUUGCUGGAAUGAGGAUAAACUGGUACGGAUUUCUGGGGAAGAAAUUUAAGGAAAUGUUCGGACAUAUAUGCGGGCCGAUACUGAGUGGAUUAGUAGGUCUUAAAAGGCCGAGAGAUCACGGAGUUCCUUACUCACUCUCUGAGGAGUUUGUGAGUGUCUAUAGGAUGCAUUCACUCCUUCCGGAUAAGCUCAUCCUCAGGGACAUCAACUCAACUAUCCUGGAAAACAAAUGUCUUUCAAUUGCAGAAGAGAUACCGAUGCGGGAAGUGGUGGGACGACAAGGGCAGAGAAGACUCUCAAGGAUUGGAAUGGAGCAGAUGAUGGUGUCACUAGGCCAUCAGGCAUGUGGGGCUCUCUCACUGUGGAAUUACCCAUCUUGGAUGAGAAACCUUGUUCCUCAAGACAUCAACGGCGAAGACAGACCGGACCUCAUCGACAUGGCAGCAUUAGAAAUUUACAGAGACAGGGAGAGAGGUCUCGCGCGGUACAACGAGUUUAGAAGAAAUCUGCUGAUGAUCCCAAUCAGCCACUGGGAAGAAUUGACUGAUGAUAAGCAAGUUAUUGAAGCCUUGCAAGAAGUCUAUGGAGACGAUGUGGAGAAGCUUGACCUGUUGGUGGGUUUGCAUGCAGAGGAAAAGAUCAAGGGCUUUGCCAUAAGUGAAACUGCUUUCUUCAUCUUUCUAAUGGUUGCAUCCAGGAGGCUAGAAGCCGACCGGUUCUUUACGACCAACUUCAAUGCCCGGACAUACACAGAGAAAGGCCUGGAAUGGGUAAAUACGACAGAGACGUUGAAGGAUGUCAUCGAUCGUCACUUCCCUGACAUGACGAGGAAGUACAUGAGAAGUUCGAGUGCAUUCGCCGUAUGGGAUUCGCUGCCGACACCAACCUCAUACCUACCCCUCUAUUUGCGCCAUGCGCCUUAAGAUGUUUUCCUUCCCUUUCGAUGGUGUUCAAUUUUCAUUUAUGAGCCUGUAUAUAUGGUCAUUGCCACAGUAUAA